AUGGACUCUAUCAUCGAAUCGAUAUCAAUUUGGAUUUUGAUAAUCAGAAUAGUGAUUGCCCAUAAUAAAAUUGACUACAACUACUAUUACACACAGAUGUCACCGCCGAGAUUGGAGUGUGGUUCCGAAGGCAUUCGAUUGCACAUCAGUCCAACUGGAACAUUCGGUGGUCAUGUAUAUGUACGUGGAUUUUUUCCUCAAACGGUCUGCCAUUUGAACUACUGUACUCGAUUGACGAAUCAGCCAAUUGUCAUGGAUCUCCCGUUUCGAGGACCCUGUAACGUUAGGAGAAGACGGAAUGUGACGCCUCCAUCAAUUUCCUAUGACGUCACCGUAAUCAUUCAACAUCACCCAAUGUUUAUCACUUCUUUUGAUAAAGCAUACCGAUUGAAUUGUAUCUACCGGCAACAAGAAUCAGUGUUACAACAAAGGAUUAAUGUGUCAGACAUUCCUUCCACAUCUCUCCAAAGUAAAAACCCGCCUAGAUGUCGGUAUGAUGUGUUGUCUGGCUCGUUGAAUGGUCCAGCUGUGAAAUUUGCAAAUGUUGGAGAUAUUGUAGUACAUAAAUGGACUUGUGAUAGUGACCGCUACGGAUUUGUUGUCCAUUCUUGUGCGGUUCGAGAUGAAUCUGGAAAGGAUUUUCAGUUUAUUGAUGAGAGAGGAUGCGUCACAGAUUACAGUCUAUUCCCCGAAGUCACCUAUUCUUCGGAUCUGAAAUCUGCGUUCACUGCAGUCCGGGCUUUUCGAUAUGCUGAUCAAGUGAUGGUCCAUUUCUCAUGUCAAAUUACAACUUGUCAGAAACAAGAGAACGGAUGUGAAGGUAUUUCGCCACCAAUCUGCAAACCAAUGGAUCUUGGACCAAUCAAAGUUCACUAUGUGAAACAUAAAAAUAACGAAAUUGGAGAUAUUAAUGCUGCAGUGGAAACCCUCCCUCCUCGAAUUGAGAAUACUUCUGAUCCAACAAGAAAACUAGAAGACGUCGCGCCGACAACUACAGUAAGAUCCACAACUGCAAGAGCUUUCUCGAGUACCACAAUGACCAAUGAAAGGUUGAAGAUUGGACUGAGAGAUGAGGAAAACCAUGCUUCUUCCAAGUACCAAAAUGCAAAAUAUGGCCUUCAAAAUGGCUACGAUUUUCCAAAUUUGGAACCUGAAGAAGGCGUUGGACAGGACAAUGCUGGUGAUAUUGGUCCAAAGUCGAAAAAUACGGAUUCGGGAAAUAAGGAUGCUGGUGUGAAUAUGUAUGGAUUGGAAAUUGGACAGGAAAAAGAGAACAAAAAGGUUCCAAAGAUUCCAGUGCUAGCAGAACCGGAGAAAUUGCCAAAAAGAGAAGUGUUCCACGUGGAAACCAUAUCAAAAACAAUGGAUUCCGAAAUGGAUCCACUUCCAUACCCAACAAAAGCAUCAGUUUAUCAACAUCGAACACCGCGAAGUCAUAAAAAAGACGUCUUCAAUAUCACUUUGGAAGUGGAAACUCCCAAAAUGUUGAUUCUAGAAAAUGAGCCAAAUUCUGAAUCAUCGAAUGGAAAAAUUGAAUUCAAAGAUGCUGAAAAUUCAAGUGUUAAAUGUGAAAAAAUGAAUGGACCCAAAGAAAAUUUCAUAAGUAAUACAUUGUUAUUAACAACAUUGGGAGUGUUACAGAUAAUCUCAAUUUUGGCACUGAUUACUCAACGAUUUUAUUACAAAAAAGCAAUCGAUAAAUUGAUUUUUUCGGCCGAUGAUCGACCUGGAUUAUGA